UCAACCUAAUGGAGAUGUGUUUCACAUAGAUUUUCCCGAUGAUAAGAAAAUUCUGGGUUUUUCUAAUGACAUAUAUAAAAUGGACAAUGCUGGAGAAACACUCCCAAUAGAUACUUCUGGAGAAGUGGAAAACACAAAUCAUGAGAAAGAUACAUUUCCCACAACCCACCCUGGAGGACACUUGUUUCAUGUAUAUCCACCUGAUCAUGAUGAAAUGAUUGGUUCUGCUAGAGAGUCGUAUAAAGAAGACUCUCCCGGAGAUCCAUUUUACUCAAGUGGUUUCCUUCAUGAAAUGGGAUCACAGAUAUUUUCCCCUAAAGAUGAUAUUAUUAAUGUUGAGAAGACAGUCAGCAUCCCAGAACAGAUAACUCCGAUACCAAUCAGCAGACUAUUUGAGCAGGAUUACAAGGCAUUUCUCAACCAACUAGAGAAUAUGAAUCCCAUGAUUCACACAAUUUUCGACAUGUCAGAAUAUGCAGGAGAAAGGAGAAAAAGAACGAUUGAUGAAGCCCUGCAACAACUGAACCUAGAGAGGUACUGGGCAUCCAAGCUCAGCCUCACAGAUGUUCUGAAGAUUGGAAAGGAGACCUUUAAGAAGUCCAUCCCGCAGAGUAUAGAAGAUGUCCCUUGGUAUUUCCUACAGAAUCUAAUGGCAUUGGAUGGCUCUGCUAGAAAUACUAGACUUGACCAAAGCACAUUAGAUUUUAGAACAAACAAUGGACAAGAUGAGGAUUUAGAUUUUAUGAAUGAAGUAGACGUCUCUAAUUCUAUCCACCCCCUCGAUGUGCUAUGCCUUCUCCUUCUAUGCUCGGACAGUUUUUUACAGCAGGAAAUUCUGACAAAAAUGUCCAUGUGCCAGUUUGCUGUUCCUCUGCUGCUUCCUGCUGGUGAAGGUACAGAAUGCACCUUCAUGUUAUGGGCAAUGAGAGAUAUUUUAAAAAGGUGGAGACCUCGCUCAUUAGUGGACAGUAAAGGAUGCAAAGAAGACAAUCUUGUGAACAUACCCAUGCCAACCUUUUCUUUUGUGAAACUGGGUAAAUGCAACUUAUCAAAGUCUAGAAUCUUAAAUCACAUUCUUAGCCCAGUUCAACAGCACCAUGACUUCUUUGUGCAUCAAAAUAUGGAAGGUGGAAAUGUUCUACGUGAAAUCUCUGAUGGAUUGGUGGAAAUCGCAUGGUACUUUCCAGGAGGCAGGGAGAAUUCAGAUCUUUUCCUAGAUCCAGUUGCAGUAACCAAUCUCCGUGGAGACCUGGAGUCAAACUGGAAACAGUUCAGUUUUUUAACUCAGAUCUCGUCUGCAGUGUUUAUAUUUACAGAGAAUAUAAAUGAUAGAGAAUAUGAACUGUUAUCAAAUCCUGACAUUGGAGAUACAAACUAUUUCCUAAUAAUUGCACCUUCUUCCAAACAUGUAAACAAGGCUACACAAAAACACAUUAAAAUGCUAUAUCCUGUACUGAAAAUAAAUAGGAAAAAUGUGUUGGUUAAAAACAGCUCAGUUAAUGAUGCAGAAUUAGUAAAAAAGUUACAGAUUAUUAUAGCAGAUCUUAUGAAGUGUAGCCAACACUAUGUGAAUCUAGAGGACAUGUCCCGCAUGGCGAGCGAACUUGGGAUACAAAUUGAUGAAAAUUUAGAAGAUAACCAGAAUGCAAGAACAGUUGCCCUAGAAAUUACAAAAACCAUUAAAGAUAUAGUGGAAUAUAAAAACCAAACACUAACACUGCAGGGAACUCUGUGGAAAAAACUAGCCAAAGUGGAGAAAGAGUUAUGUCGAAUGAAAAAACAAGGAAAUCAGAACGCUGAGGACUACAGGUCGAAGCUUGUGAAGGAACGUUCUGAGCUAAGAAUGAAGCAACAUCAGCACACAUCCUCAGAUGGCAUGAAGACGUUUAUUGCUGCCAUAACUAAUUUGUCUCAAACAGAAAAACAUUAUUUUCUGAAAUGGAUGAAACUAUAUCUGGAUUCAAAUGCCAGACGUAAUCUGUGCACACUUCAGCGAGAAUACAAGGAGAAUUGUUACAACUUGUCAGCUAAUCCUGAGAGACUUAUUGAACUAGACCAAAGGAUAUCCAACAGCUCCUUGGGUGUUGAGCACUUUUUCAGGGAAUUAGGACAGUACUAUGAAGCCGAGUGCUCCAUGACUAGUGAAGGAAAAAUAGAACAAAAACAGAGAGUGUUUGGGAAGCUCCCGGGAAUAGCUGCUGAUCUCCUACUUGAUGGCUUUCCACUGGAGUUGAUUGAUGGAGAUGCUUCCAACAUCUCACUGCAGUGGAUAACUGAUGUCUUAACUGAGCUGGAUCACAGGAUAGGAAGACAGUGCAGAAUGAGAGUGAUCACUGUGGUAGGAGUUCAGAGUACGGGGAAAUCCACCCUUCUGAACACCAUGUUUGGUUUGCAGUUCCCAGUGGCCAGUGGACGAUGCACACGAGGGGCUUUCAUUACCCUUAUUAAAGUGAGAGAUAACUUCCAAGAAGAGCUGGGCUGUGACUUUAUUCUGGUUAUUGAUACUGAAGGUCUUAAAGCUCCUGAGUUGGCAACUGUAGAGGACAGUUAUGAACAUGACAAUGAGCUGGCAACGCUUGUGGUUGGGUUGAGUGAUAUCGCCAUAAUAAACAUGGCCAUGGAAAACACAGCUGAAAUGAAAGAUAUCCUGCAGAUUGUGGUCCAUGCCUUCCUUAGGAUGAAAGAAAUAGGAAAGAAACCUAACUGUCAGUUUGUUCAUCAGAAUGUGAGUGAUGUAUCCGCUCAUGAAAAGAACAUGAGAGACAGAAAGAAACUACUGGAACAAUUGGAUGAAAUGACUAACCUUGCAGCAAAGAUGGAAGAAAGAAGUAAUAUCACAAAGUUUUCUGAUAUCAUGGAGUAUGAUCUUGAGGAACAUAGCUGGUAUAUACCUGGUCUUUGGCAUGGGGUUCCACCAAUGGCCUCUGUGAACAAAGGAUACAGUGACAACAUUUUUCAGCUGAAAAAACAUCUGUUUGAAUGUAUAAAGAAACAACAAAAAUCUAGGAGCUCUCAAAAUAUCCAUGACUUCAUUAAAUGGAUUAAAAGCUUGUGGAAUGCAGUCAAAUAUGAAAAAUUCAUUUUCAGCUUCAGAAAUAGCCUGGUAGCAGAAGCUUAUAAUCAACUGUCCAUGAAAUACUCAGAACUGGAGUGGAAUUUCCGCAAAAAGUCACAUCAAUGGAUGAUGGAGACAGAGAAUGAGAUACAGAAUUGCCCACCUUCGGAGCUAGAAAAGGACAUGUAUGCUGAAAUAAAAGCAGAGAUGAAUAAAGUACUCCAAGAAGAGGAGAGCAUUAUGACGGAGGAACUGGAUAAAUAUUUUGAGAGUGGAUGCAAAUAUGUGCAUCUAAUAGAGAGAUAUAGGGAAGAUUUUUUCCGAAGUGUAAUACUUCUCCACAACGAACUGGCAGACAACCUAGGAAACAAGUGUGAGGAAGUCAUUCAAAUUCAGAGGGGGAGGUACGAGAUACAAAAUGUUCAGGACGGUUACAUAAAAACUAUAGAGGAGAAGGCAAGCAGUCUCCUGGAAAAUUGCCGCAAUGCAAAACACAAGCUUAGUGACAAAGAGUUGGAGUGCGAAUUUGAGAGAAUGUGGAAUAAAACGUUAUCGACCUUACCCUCAAGCGGUUUGAAGAAACACAAUAUUAGCCAAGAAAUGCUGGAACAAUUAAGAAAAGACAUGAGACACAAGGCAGGUUACGUUAAUGAGAAAUUAAACAAUGUAAAGAGUUUAUCAGAGUUUGGACAAAAUGGUUUGAGUAAAGACAGGAAAUAUGCCCAAAGUGCCUGGUUUAAGGAUAUACCAGAAACAGAUCAUACAGAAUAUUGGGAUAAGGUCUGUGAACUUUCAUCCUCUUUGAUGAGCAAAUGUGACAGCCAAAUUAAUGAACAAAUUCAAUUAAUGAAAGAUUAUCACGAAACAUACUGCCAAGAACUGCUGAAUAUCAUCAACGAAACACUUAACCAGGAUAGCAUUCGUAAUCUUCACCUAACUCCAUUAUUUGAGUUGGACUUAAAGCUUCUUAUCUUGGGCCGAGCAGCUCCAAAGUUCCAGAAAAUACACAAUCAUUUUUUCCAGGAAAAUAAUCCAAAGUUUUGUCUGGAAAAGUUAAAAGCUCAAUAUUACUCGACAUUCAAGAGUAUUUAUCAUGAAAAGGAUGAAUCCCGUAUCAGAGCUCAAAGAUUUUGCGAGAUGUGUCUGAAGCCAGCAAUGUCCGAAUACAUGUAUAAAAAUCUUGGUGGGAAGAUUGUGGAUGACAUUUUGUCAAGUGAAGACUCCAUCUGGUACAGCAGCAGAACCUUCUUCCAGUUCACUUUGCUGAAGGAGCUCUUGGAAGAUGAGAUAUUUGAUCAGUACAUAAAAUACAAUAACCAUUACGAGAGUUUUGUCAAGAACUGGAUACAUAAAUACAUAAUCAAUAAAUACAAGAAAACUGCAGGCUUUGAAUCCUUGAAAUCGACUAUCCUCUCGUCCAUCACAAAGAAGGUCAAAACGGUUCUCAAAAAGCCCAAGGUGUUGAACAGUUCCAGCGUGUCGCACUGCUUAAAAGCAUUUUGCGAGAUGUUAAAAAAAGAUUUAGUCAUAUCCAAGAAUGAAAUUAAAGCGAUAAUAUUCCAAAAUACUGCAAGCACCCAACAAUUCAUAAGUGACAUUGAGUCAAUUCUGACAAAUACAGAAGAACAGAUUAAAGAGGAUAUGAAGUAUUUUGCGAUUGAAUCAGUGUUGUACAGAGUGACUCUGAAGCCUCAGGAUGAAUUGUUUAAGAAGGUCUUUGGAUGUGGGAAGCAGUGUCCAUUCUGCAAAGUCCCCUGUGAGGCUGGAGCUGCUGACCACAAGGAGCACUUUGCUUCUGUCCAUCGUCCUCAGGGAUUAGGAACCUACAGAUGCACCGAAUCCAAAGCUCUUUCUCAUUCUAUAUGUUCUACUGAUGUGGUGGGAAACACAACCUUCCAAAAUGCAGACACAGACUGGAAACCUCAACCCUGCAAAGAUUACCGCAAAUUCUAUCCAGACUGGACCAUACAGCCAGAUCCGACCAUUGGGGCCUCAGACUACUGGAAGUUUGUCUUUAAAGAGUUCAAUAAACAAUUCUCUGAGCAGUACAGUGCGAAACCAGCAGAAAUCCCAGAAGAUUGGUACAGUAUCAACAAAGAGAAAGCCCUCCGGAGCCUUAAGGAAACAUUCAAUAUGAUGUAAGAACUGACUCAGCCAAUGAAACUCCUAAUGGAUCGAGACUCUCAUUAUAACUGGUACACUAAUAUAGCCUCACUACGUGAUAAUACAAAACCCUUAAUUCCUCGAGUAGGUGUUGUCCAGACCCAAGCAUAUC